CCAACUUAUUCGUUUCCUGAUGACUACUUACAAAUAUCUCAAGGACAAAACUGUUGGAAUUGUUGGCUGCCCUUUUAGUGGUGGACAGUCCAAGGGUGGUGUAGAUGAAGGCCCGAUAAAAUUAAUUGAAUACGGCUUGAUUGAACAACUUGUGGAAUUGGGUUGGAACGUGGAAUUUGAUGGUCAUCAUAAAUUUAACGAUUUUAACCCCCCACCUGAGCAUGAGGAUAGUAUAGGGAAACUCAAACAACCUGCUUAUGUUUCGCGAGUAAGUGAGGCCGUUUCUGAAGCUGUAGAAUCUCAUCUUAAACAAGGCCGAUUGGCUCUUACUCUUGGAGGUGAUCAUAGUCUUGCGCUCGGCACGGUGUCAGGUACCUUCUCUGUUUAUCCUGAUGCUUGCCUCAUCUGGAUCGAUGCCCACGCGGAUAUCAAUACUCCUGAAACUACCGAUUCUGGUAAUUUACAUGGUUGUCCUGUAUCCUUCCUGCUGGCAGUUGAAGAUGCUCUAUUGGGUAAUAAUCCGAAAGUAUAUGAAACAUUUUCAUGGUUGAAACCUCUGCUCCGACCUGAUAGACUCGUAUAUAUUGGUUUACGAGAUGUUGAUCCGCCAGAAAAGGAGAUUUUAAAGAAAUAUGGAAUCAAAGCAUUUUCUAUGAAUCACGUAGAUAAGUAUGGUAUUGGCAAGGUUGUGGAAAUGGCUCUUGAUGCCGUGAAUCCUAAAAGGGAUCGUCCUAUCCAUCUUAGUUUUGAUGUUGAUGCGUUAGAUCCAACAGUUGCCCCAAGUACUGGUACCCCUGUUCGUGGUGGGUUGACCUUCAGGGAAGGUCAUUAUAUUUGUGAAGCAAUUCAUGAAACUGGACUUCUAGUCUCUGUUGACUUAAUG